AUGGGCCAUCCAGAAGCCCGGAAAGCUGGUGUGGACACACCCACAGCCAGAUCAGAGUACAGAUCUAUAGACCCCAUAUCACCUCAAAACCCCUCCCAUACGGAUAAUCCGACUUCUCUGAAUGAUUCCCAACAGCUCCCGGGAUAUGCAACUCAAAAUGAGACAUCCAAGCCUCCUCGGAGAUUCUUGGCCCAACCAAUCGAAACCGUAUCUCGAAGCUCCAAGAACCAAGAGCCUGCUUCUAGAGGAAUAGAACCUCAGACAGCUAUUUCGCCAGAUGAAACUCAUUCCCAGGGCCGUAAUGACCACCGACCGAGAAGAUUUGCUCCUGAGCCAAUCGAAACCACCAAAUCAAGCAAUAGAAGAUCUCAUACAGCUUCGGAAGUUACUGGGGAGAUCCUCCCAUCACAACCUAAAACCACGUCCCCCAGAAGGUUUAAGCCUGAACUUAUAGAGACCGACACACGCUCAGUUCGAAAAACAGAAGCGACCCAGUUCCCUCGACGACACAACACAUCAGGUCCACUGGCUCACGCGAGCAUCAGCCCGGGCAUGACAUGUUGGUCAGAUACAGGCCACCAUGCCGUUACCUGUUCACCACCUGAGUCUCGGUUCUCGUACUCCAGUCUGUUGCGCCGACAAGAGGGCCGCCGACACUCAUUUCGAGUUCCAGCCCUUCCGUCAAUUCCAUCCAACAGUAGCGAAGAGUCUGAUAACUCCAGAUCUCACUCAGCGUGCACCUCACUACUUGGGCUAUCGAAAAAAGUAACCAGAGAUUUACACCCUAGCAAGCUACCCCGUGAAAGUUGCAGCGAGGAGUUCUCGGAAUUCUUGCUUUCACUUGCCGCCCGCUCUGCACAGAAGCAGCUGAGGGAACAAGCACUGGCUGCCUUUCCCAACGAGCAGGUGUAUGAGCCUGUGGAUCAUUUCGCCAUAGACGAAGACGACAGAGACUCAGACGAAGAUGGUCCGUCUUCUCACAUGAAGUAUCAUCAUAUCAAGUCUCGUCGACAAUCCUCGGCGGAUCUGUCCUGGGAACUUGAAUACAUGCGACAUCAUAAAGAGGAGGCCGAAAUGAGGCUUCGGGCUAUGAUGACAUCAGGACAGCAAGAGUCAUCUCAGAACCAGAAGAAGUCCGGCCCUAGUCCACCGAUGCUUGGAAGUGACAUUAUUCUGCCACAGAGCUUAUCACCGGAGGGGACUAUCUGUGAGCAUGCUCACAUCGAUACUGCAGUGAGUUGUGGCCAUGACCUUUGCAACAAUUGCGAAGGGCUGUGGUGCGCGGCUCCCCAUCGACAGGGGGAAAAAGGCGCUGGUUUGUGGAUGGGCACUUGUUGCAAAGACGAGAAGCAAGAGCCGGAGGUUACCGGCCUCUUUCCCGGGAUUGUGACUCCCAUGGCUCGGAUUGAUGAGACUGGUGUGAGCGUAGGCCUCAGUCCAUCUCCUUCGCACAUUCACCUGGAUCGUCUGGCGGCAUCGCUUGGGAAUUCUGGCCGGAAACCUGCUAGUCCAAACCUCCAGAAAGCCAUUGACGCAGAGUUUCAUGAUGGAUUUGUCACGCAAAUAUUUAAUUACCUCUCGCUGGGGUAUCCUUGUCUUGCCCGUUACUAUGAUUACGAGCUCAGCCGAAUCUCAGGCAUCACAGUCGAAGAGCUCCGUCAGGAUGACUUGCACACUGAUGCGCGGGGGUAUGUUGCUCUCGACAAUAAGGAUCUGACCGGAGGGUGUACACGAUGGAAAGCAUUGCGCUUGUAUAUUCAGGAGUGGGCCAGGCAAGAGCCUGGCAUGGUAGAAGAUGAAACCAACCUAGAAGGCUGGGGACUGCCAGAAAGGAAGGGCAGUUGGGCCAUUUGA